UGAGGGAAGGGGCGGCCAUGAAGUGUGUCAUUGUUGGGGCGCACCUCAGAGUGUUCGGAAGAGCGAUUCACGCCAUAGCACGUAUUAGCGAUGAGUUCUGGUUUGACCCCUUAGAGAAAGGUCUUGCCUUGAGAUCAGUGAAUUCUUCAAGGUCAGCAUAUGCAUACGUGUUCUUCUCGUCUAUGUUUUUCCAACACUACUGCUGGGCAGCUGUGCCUCAGCCACAUCAGAAGGACAAGCAGUUAUCCCCCCCAUGUAAAUUGAUAAUCAAGUCAGUUCUUCCUGUAUUUAGAUGUGUAAAUGUGCUGGAAAGGAAUGUAGAGAAAUGCAGCAUUUAUACAAAUAUUAAUGAUCAUCACAUAACUUUUCAGCUCCUCUGCAAACAUGGUGUUGUAAAAACAUACAACCUAACGUUUCAAGAAUGUGAUCCGCUGCAGGCUGUUUUUGCAAAGCACAUGUGUCCCAACGUACUUAAAUUCCACUCCAGGCUGCUGGCUGAUAUCAUGGUUCACUUCCCCACCAGUCAAGAAGAAGUAACUCUAUCAGUUACACCAAUGAAAGUUUGUUUCAAGAGUUACACCGAGGAGGACGCUGAUUUGUCAAAGACAAUGCUUACCGAAAUACAACUGAAUCCAGAUGAAUUUGACUACUUCCAGAUUGGAGUUGAUUCUGAAGUGACAUUUUGCCUUAAAGAAUUAAGGGGACUCCUGGUGUUUUCAGAAGCCACCAGUGUGCCUGUCUCCAUCCAUUUUGACAUCUCUGGAAAACCAGUUGCUUUCAGCAUUGAAGACCUGGUGCUGGAAGCCAGCUUUAUCUUGGCUACCUUGUCUGACAUUGACAAGAAGACUUCCCAGCAGCAACCACCUGGCUUUACACCACAGCAGGAAAGCCCAGGGACACGUACAGGGAAAGCUGAAAAAGCCUCCAUGGAUAAAGACAGCAGCAAGCAGGCAAAUGCUUCCAAAAAGCCACAGAGGAGUGAAAACACCCCGAGCACAGAGCCAGCAAAACCUGGGAGUCCUUUGGUAAAGCAGAGAAAAGUCAUUCCUGGAGCCACAGAGGGAGAUGCAACAGGGGUAGGAGGAACAACCACAGCCCAUGCAGGGCUGGCAGCAGGGGCAGCAGAGGCUCACUAUGACAAGUUUCAUUCCCUGUUUUUUGGAGCAGUUUCCUGUAAGGAGAAGGAUGCCACCAGUCACUCCUUCCAUAGCCUAGCGACAGCUAGCGACACUGAAGAGGAUUUUGGCAAUGUGCAGAGCUCCCCAAUCCUCUAGUGCCAUGAAGCAUCUGAACCUAAAGAGUACUGGGGUUUGCCAUGAAAGAUACAAGAUGGGGUAAUGGUGGAGCUGUUCCUGGUUUUACAGUUUAGCUGCUGUUCUGCAAGUUAGAGCUUGAUGGAAGCUGUGUUCUAAGCUGGUGCAGUGAACUUCAGGAAUACAUGUUCAGAGUCUGGGAAGUGGAAAUCCCACUCAGACAAUGCCUUUUUGCAAGACAAGGACUCAACUUGGCACCAGCUAAUUUGUCAGUUCAGGUUAAGAGUUCCCCCUCGCUAUUCACAUUCACCACCAGCACAGUCACUCUGAACCGUUACCUGUUGUCCCAGUGUAAGUUCAGGUCACAGCUGCCCAGUCUGGGGUUCAUUACGUGUUGUGCAAGAACAGCUUCGGCUGUUCAUUGCCCCAGUGCCACCUGAGGCCAGUUGAGCUGCUGGUGUAAAGUUGAGUGCUGGAAAAAUGAACCCAUCCACCCACUCCAGCACAGCCGGACACACUACUGCUGAGGAGCAACCACUCCUUUUCCAGGCCUGGUGUAGAACUGGCAUUUCCCUGAGUAACCAACAUCAGAGGAAUGCAUUUGAACAAAUAAAGGUGAUGUUCCAGA